AAUCUCCAGCUCCUUCAGCCCCGGCGCAGCCGCAACAACAACCCCGGCAGCGCGCGCUCCGUUCUGCAGCUCGGGAGGCUGCCUCAGGGCUCUGCUCGGCCCGGACCGGCGGAUUUCUGCCGCUUUUUCUCUCCCACAGACUAGGCUGACUUUCAGCAGGAAUGGAGCAGAAAUAAAAGCAGUGAUGUGUUUGUAGGCCUCGGCCUGGGGGAUUAAAGCCGCCUUCCUCCUCUGAUGGCGGGGUUCUCACGGCUAAUGCUAAGCUAGCUGUUGUGCAGAAUUGGAUACGGCUCGACUUUUAUUCUGCACGGAACAAAAAAACGCUCGGACUUUAGACAUAAAAAUUGAUCAGAUUAUUAUUAUUAUUAUUAUUAUUAUUAUUAUGUUCUCCGGCUGUGUCUUUAUUAAUCCGCGUUUAAUAAACGUCUGCUUUUGCACAGCUAACUAGCAAGCUAGCAAAACAAGCAAAAGGCUAACUAACAAAACUUGACAAGUUUCUCGCAGGCGCGUUUCAUUAAACACUUCAGAUAUUUUAUUAUAUAUACAUAUAUAUAUAUAUAUAUAUAUAUAUAUGUUUUACUCCUUUUGUACAAAAGUGUCAUACAGAAUGAGGAAUGAGUUAAUUCUGUUCAGUUGUUUGUGGGGUUAGCAAGCUGAGAGAGCGCGAGACUCCCUGUAAAGCUAGCUAGCCUGAGUGCUACUGGGUUAGUUAAUAAGUUAAUAGUCUACAGGACAGGUGGAUUAACCUCAUCACCAGGACUAGUCAUGGUUAAAGUUCUAAUAGUAGAUAGAAAUGAAGUGAAUGUCCAGAUGGUGAAGGAGUGUGUGUUUAUCAGGAGUUUAAUCAGUGACAGCCUCAUUGUGUGUGUGGGAAUGACGCUGGAAAUGACAACACCGAUUCUUCAUAAUAAUAAUAAUAAUAAUAAUAAUGGGAGAUGCUGUGAAGAUGUUGAAGCAGGCUAGCUUCAGGACAGGAACGAUGAUCUACAGAAAAGUCUAAAGUGUAUAAAAAUGACUUGUGACGUCACAGCACCUCUGGUUCAGGAGGAACGUUGUUCCACUUCACUGUGUACUGCAUCAGCUGUGAUUGAAGUGACAAUAAACCUUCUUUGACUUUGACUUCUUUGAUCAGCUAGACGUCUGGUCAUGAAGGAGAAGUGAUGACUCACCGGAGACGCUGGGUCCGGUCUCGGAUCAUCUGAUUUGUCUGGCUGCAGGAGAGAUUGGACUGGAGUACCGUCCGGUCCAUCCUAGAGGAUAGAGGGUUCUCUUGGGAUCCUGUGCAGAAGCACUGUAGCUCCUCAUGCCUUGUGUUUGUAUCAGUCUCAGCAUCUUCCUGAAGGUUUUUAGUUAGUUACUUCUCCUUCUUGUGUAAAGAAAUCCGUUCCCAGUAAGAGUCAGGGAUCCCACAGCCCAGAUCAGAUGAUUCAAUCAUGAUCAAGAUGAUUUCAUUUCUUACUGGUUUUCUGUGAUGGCCUGCAUAGUCCAGAUAAACAGGAAUACAUGUGUGUCCUGAGGAGCAUGCAGUAGCCUGUUGACCCCUCACUCGAGUUGUUUAUGUCCCGCAGCGUGUCAUGUCAUGUCUCUUACACACGUGAGGAGUAGUCAGGUGUUUAUAGUGGACAGCUCUUAGGUGUGUGAGGUAAAGGAAGAGCCGCAGGUACACAAUGCUCUUUCUGUCUGCUCUAAGAUGACCUUUUAUUGUGAUGGAAGAAUAAUUAUUAUAUUAUUUUAAAGUCUGCAAAUGUGUUCUGUCAGAUUUUCCUUAAGUUAUUUACCUUCUGUAUGUGUGUGUUAGUUGUUUAAGGAAAGCCGUAGGAAGUGAUGGAUGACCACACCGUACAUCAGUCAGAGCACAUGACCACCAUCGAGGCCCAUGCUGUUUCUCAGCAGGUUCACGUGUCCACGUACACGGAGCACAGCAUGCUCAGCGCUGACGAGGACUCCCCUUCGUCCCCUGAUGAUGACACGUACGACGACUCGGACAUCCUCAACUCAGCAGGAACGGACGAGGUUACGGCGCACUUGGCAGCUGCAGGUCCAGUCGGCAUGGCUGCAGCUGCCGCGGUGGCCACAGGGAAGAAACGCAAGCGACCACACAUCUUCGAGUCGAACCCAUCGAUACGCAAAAGACAGCAGACUCGCCUGCUCAGGAAGUUGAGAGCAACGCUGGACGAAUACACAACCCGAGUGGGUCAGCAGGCCAUCGUUCUCUGUAUUUCUCCGUCCAAGCCCAAUGCUGUGUUCAAGGUGUUUGGUGCUGCUCCUCUUGAGAACGUGGUCAGAAAAUACAAAGGUAUGAUUCUGGAGGAUCUGGAGAACGCUCUAGCUGAACACGCCCCACCUGGAGGUGGAGACCUGAGCUCUGACCUGCCUCCACUCACCAUUGACGGCAUCCCUGUGUCUGUGGAUAAAAUGACACAGGCUCAGCUCCGGGCUUUCAUUCCAGAGAUGCUGAAAUACUCUACAGGUCGAGGGAAACCUGGCUGGGGUAAAGAGAGUUGCAAACCAGUGUGGUGGCCAGAGGACAUUCCUUGGGCUAAUGUGAGAAGUGACGUACGUACAGAGGACCAGAAACAGCGGGUGUCAUGGACGCAGGCCCUCAGGACGAUUGUUAAGAACUGCUACAAGCAACAUGGGAGAGAGGACUUACUCUAUGCAUUUGAAGAUCAGCAAAUCACACCUCAGCAGGUUGCAGCAGCAGCCACACACAGCAUAGCACACCUGGUGCCUUCACAAACAGUCGUUCAGACAAUCAGUAACCCUGACGGAACCGUCUCGCUUAUACAGGUGGGCACUGGAGCAACUGUAGCCACACUUACCGAUGCAUCAGAUUUACCUGGCACCGUCACUGUCGCCCAGGUCAACUAUUCCACAGUGACCGACGGAGAGGUUGAACAGAACUGGGCGACGCUGCAGGGAGGAGAGAUGACCAUUCAGACCACACAGGCGUCCGAGGCUACGCAGGCGGUGGCGUCUUUAGCAGAGGCCGCGGUCGCUGCUUCCCAAGACAUGCAGCCAGGAGCAACAGUUACCAUGGCGCUCAACAGUGAGGCAGCGGCCCAUGCUGUAGCGACACUGGCAGAGGCUACGCUUCAAGGAGGUGGACAGAUUGUGUUGGCUGGAGAGACCGCAGCUGCAGUAGGAGCUCUCACUGGAGUGCAAGAUGCCAAUGGUUUAGUCCAGAUCCCGGUCAGCAUGUAUCAGACUGUAGUUACCAGUUUGGCCCAGGGAAAUCGACCUGUUCAAGUUGCCAUGGCUCCCGUUGCCACACGCAUCGACAACACUGUAACGCUGGAUGGGCAAGCAGUGGAGGUUGUAACCUUAGAACAGUGACACUCUUACAAGUAUGUGGGCUGAAAACCUGAGCCUCGGCAUACAUCGUUCUUUUAACAGGGAAUUAUCAAGAAUUCAUGUUUUUUUUUUUUUUUUUUAGUAGUGCAAAUGGUUGUGUUUCAGAUAAUGUAUGUAUUAUUUUUUUGUUAUUUGUGUUUCUAGUCAUAGGAUUCAUUCUAAAUAGACCAAAUAAAAUGGACCAAAUUCAGUGCGGCGGCAGCAGCAGCCCCUGGAUCCGAUUCUUCUACAUUUCUUUUGUCCUAGCCAAAAUGCCUUUGUUUUAAUAGCUGAAGUUAUUUCAUCUACAUAUUGAUUUCUGAACAGUGUGUUCGUGCCAUUUUACUUUUGUUGUCAUAAAAGUAAAAAAAAAAAAAAAAAAAAA